GGAACAGAAGCUGCUCAGGGCGCUGCCACCGCCCCUGCCUCGGGCGGGCCGCGGGCUCCCAGGCCCGGCAAGCGCCCCUCAACCAGCCUGCACGGGAGGGCGUCUUGCUCACCUGUCUGCCGGCCGCUGGGACGAGGAGGAGGAAAGGAGGCCCAGCUGGGCCGUUAAGGACGGGGUUGCUGAAACCGAGCCGGCAGUGGUGAGCCGGCCCUGAGCAGAGGGACGCCGCAGCACUCGGCUCACUAGCGCCCCCUUCGGUGCACCACGCCCUCCGCGGAGCGCCCGGCACUGGGGUCCGCUGCCCGCGCAGGGGGCGCAGCUGGGUUCCGCCCGGAGCUGCGGGAGGUCCUGGACCGCGGCAUUUCCGCCUCACACUCCGACUAGUGUAAAUCGUGCUCCAGUGUCUGGAAUGACAAUCGGCUCUAUCGGAACUGAACCUGAACUACUGCUGCACCGUUGGAGGCCGAGAAGUUACGGUCUGCCCUGCGUCCUCACAUCCCGUGGACCACACGCCGUGUGCGGACCCCGGUGUGACCGGCGGCUCAGCGGGCGAUGUGCACGGCGCUGGCGGCUUAGACUUUCCCCCGAGGAACCACUGUCCAGUGACCCCGAUGCUCACGUAGGUGAGCAGCGCCAGCGGCCGUGAAGCAGGCUCGUGCGCUCCCGGGCUCCUGGGCGAUGCUGCCACCACUGCUCACGCGUGACCUCCGCGUGGGCCGUCGCGGGCACUGGAACCUCCUGGCACGCACUCCUGCCCGCCUGGACCCUGGCGGUCUGGGGCCUCCGACGAAGAGCACGGAUCCCGUGUCCUGACUCCACGUGGCGCCGCGCGUGCUGGGAUUCUGCUACACUUUUGUUUCCCUUGAACUUGAGGAUAUUUUCGUGACAGUGGGCUUGCUCUCUUUGGCGCCCUCAGCCCGGGUUAAGGUGUAGAACUGAGUAACGUAGAGCCCCAAGUUGCAUUUACAGGUCACACUGGCAGCCAGCAUUGUGUGUUUUCCUUUCCUUUUUUGUUAGCAGCAUUGUGUUUUCAAAGGUAAAUUCUUUGCAACAGAAUAACAAUGAUAAUUGAGACAUUAACUUGGAGGCAUUAAAUUUUAAUGGUGUAGAAACAUGGCUGAUGUAGUUAAUGGGUCUGCGCUCUCAGGCCUCCUGAGAACCUGCGCAGGUGGGUUCCUGGGGAAGGUGCCGUUUUAUCGUCCACUUGCCUGAGUGUCGGUCACUGCUGGUCAUUUCUCCCGGGGACAGUUCUGUCUCAGGGCUUGGUGUGAUGGGCGUUUCAGCAGCAGCGAAAUGAGCCGCCAGACUGCGACAGCGUUACCUACUGGGACCUCCAAGUGCACCCCGUCCCAGAGGGUGCCCGCCCUCACGGGCACCACCGCGUCCAACAAUGACUUGGCCAGUCUCUUUGAGUGUCCUGUCUGCUUUGACUAUGUGUUGCCACCCAUUCUUCAGUGUCAGAGCGGCCACCUUGUCUGUAGCAACUGUCGCCCAAAGCUCACGUGUUGUCCAACCUGCCGGGGCCCCUUGGGAUCCAUUCGCAACUUGGCGAUGGAGAAAGUGGCCAAUUCAGUACUUUUCCCUUGUAAAUAUGCCUCUUCCGGGUGUGAAAUCACUCUGCCCCACACAGAAAAAGCAGACCACGAAGAGCUCUGCGAGUUCCGGCCUUACUCCUGCCCGUGCCCCGGCGCGUCCUGUAAGUGGCAGGGCUCUCUGGAUGCCGUGAUGCCCCACCUGAUGCAUCAGCACAAGUCCAUCACCACCCUGCAGGGGGAGGACAUUGUGUUCCUCGCCACGGACAUCAACCUCCCCGGGGCGGUGGACUGGGUGAUGAUGCAGUCCUGCUUCGGCUUCCACUUCAUGCUGGUCUUGGAGAAGCAGGAGAAGUAUGACGGGCACCAGCAGUUCUUUGCAAUUGUACAGCUGAUAGGAACGCGCAAGCAGGCGGAAAAUUUUGCUUAUCGACUCGAGCUAAAUGGUCACAGGCGGCGAUUGACUUGGGAAGCUACUCCCCGAUCUAUUCAUGAGGGGAUUGCAACAGCCAUUAUGAAUAGCGACUGUCUAGUCUUUGACACCAGCAUCGCACAGCUUUUUGCAGAAAAUGGCAAUCUAGGCAUCAAUGUCACUAUUUCCAUGUGUUGAAGUGGCGAUCAAAUGUUUUCUGGCCAGUGUUUAAAACCAUUGCAUUCAACUUCACAGAGAAUAGGCCCCCUCUGCCUGCCCCCCCGAGACUUUUGGUAGGUGGAGCUAGUCACAUGAAGGUAAAUAAAUGGAAAGGCUGUUAAAUACAGGAAACGGUUGCAUGUAGUAACACUAAUAUAUUUAAGUCAACAGUAAACCACUGAAAAAAUAUAUAUAUACACCCAAGAUGGGCAUCUUUUGUAUUAAGAAAGGAAGCAUUGUAAAAUAAUUCUGAAUUUGUGUUUGUUGUAGAUUGAGUGUACUGUUGAGAAAUACUGGGUUUUUGUUUCUGCGUGUGAGAGUGUGUGGGUGCGUGUGCGUGUGCUUGGGUUUUUUUUCCUUUAACUGACAAGCCAUGUUGAGUGGUCUUGGGCCACUGCUUCCCCUCUUUUGAGUCAAUACAUAGUGCUGCUGUGUGUGUAUAUAUUUUUUGUGUGUAUUUGCUAAUUUUUAUUAAUUUUAGUUUUUCAUUAAAUAAAUUUGACUUUCUUUUCUGUAAUUGAAGCUUUUCCCAUCUUUUUUUGUACCUUUUUAAAGUUAGUGGUUUUUUAUGCAUAAUUGUUUAUGGUAAAGUUUAUACAUGUGUGUUCCAUACAUGUUUUUUCUCCCCAUUAAUCAGUUCAUUAGAAAUACUUUAAAUUCAGCUUCUUGUGAAGACACGAGUUCCAGAAAGGAGAGGUAACAUCGGAAGAAAGAUCAGAAGCUACUUAAAACAGCUAGAAGAUGGUCGGUCGGUCUUUUUCUCUCUUUUUUCCAGUUGAGUCACGCCUUCAAACUUAUUCUUUAAAAGGUAGUAGGAUAUACUGAUUUUUAAAAAUAUAUUAAAAAAAUCCCCCCCCCCACCAAUAUCUUGGACAAAUCACAUAUGUUUAAAAUUUGUUCUCAUAUUUAUUGGUUUUGCAAAAGAAGGCAUCAUCUCACAGUAUUUGUAAUUAAAAGCAAAGCAUUUGUUUAAAAAAAGGCAGUUUGCAAAAAAAUGUUUUUGGUCUUUUAUAAUUCUCAUUAAAAGAAUAUCUGGCAAAUUGAAAA